UUUCAGUUUUCCCAACAACAGAGUAAUUCAAACUUUAUUCCCAGGGACCCAGCCAAAGCAUAUACAUACACACAUUCAGCAUGCGCCCACCGGUUCUUCUCGAAACUACCUCUUUUUCUUCUUCUUCUUCUUCCCCAAGCGAUCGCAGACUCAACGUUCUCGCAGGCCACCUCGUUCACAACGAUCAAAUGGAUUCUCAGAACAUCUCUCCUUCUCCAACCGCCUCUUCUGGUUCCGUCUUCGCUCAUCUCGUUCGUGCUCCCGAAGAUCCUAUUCUCGGGGUGACUGUCGCUUUCAACAAAGAUCCUAGCCCUGUUAAGCUCAACUUGGGUGUUGGUGCUUACCGAACUGAGGAAGGAAAACCUCUUGUUUUGAAUGUGGUCAGGAAAGCUCAACACCAAAUCGUGAAUGAUCCGUCACGCAACAAGGAGUAUCUUCCAAUUGUGGGGCUCGCUGAUUUUAAUAAAUUGAGUGCCAAGCUUAUUUUUGGUGCUGACAGCCCUGCUAUUCAAGAGAACAGGAUUACCACUGUUCAGUGCUUGUCUGGUACUGGUUCAUUAAGAGUUGGGGGUGAAUUUUUGGCUAAACACUAUCACCAACGGAUUAUAUACUUGCCAAAACCAACUUGGGGCAAUCACACAAAGGUUUUCACCUUGGCAGGGUUAUCUGUCAAAACAUAUCGCUACUAUGCUCCAGCAACACGAGGGCUUGACUUUCAAGGACUUCUAGAAGAUCUUGGUUCUGCCCCAUCUGGAUCCAUUGUUUUGCUACAUGCAUGCGCUCAUAACCCUACUGGUGUUGAUCCAACCCCUGAGCAAUGGGAGCAGAUUAGGCAGCUGAUAAGAUCAAAGGCUUUAUUACCUUUCUUUGACAGUGCUUAUCAGGGUUUUGCUAGUGGAAAUCUAGAUGCAGAUGCACAUUCUGUUCGUUCAUUUGUUGCUGAUGGGGGUGAAUUGCUGGCAGCCCAGAGUUAUGCAAAGAACAUGGGUCUUUAUGGAGAACGUGUUGGUGCCUUAAGCAUUGUCUCCAAGUCAGCUGAUGUUGCAAGUUUGGUUGAGAGUCAGCUGAAGCUUGUCAUCAGGCCCAUGUACUCAAAUCCUCCCCUUCAUGGUGCAUCCAUUGUAGCUACGAUUCUUAAGGACCGGGAUUUGUACAAUGAGUGGACUAUUGAGUUGAAGGGAAUGGCUGAUCGUAUUAUCAGUAUGCGCCAACAACUUUUUGAUGCUUUACGUUCCAGAGGCACGCCUGGUGACUGGAGUCACAUUAUCAAGAGUAUCGGUAUGUUCACUUUCACAGGAUUGAAUCCUGAGCAGGUUUCCUUCAUGACUAAAGAGUACCAUAUAUACCUGACAUCCGAUGGGCGGAUUAGCAUGGCUGGUUUGAGUUCCAAAACCGUCCCACAUCUGGCGGAUGCUAUACAUGCGGCUGUAACCCGAGCUUCCUGAACAUGUUUGGAAAGAUAUCUCAACCAUAGAUGAAAAAAUCAACUGUUAGAUAUUAACAAAUCAUGGAUUUGUUGAAAUAUACUCUUGAUUUUCUCAUCAACCAUUGAGAUACCUUUACUUUCUCCCUUUAAAGCUUUAGAGGAGCCAAAUUCUAUGAGCGAGCGCGAUUUUCAACUCACCUAGUAGGACUUCCAUUUUCAAUGUAAUAAUAUCACAUCAAACAAUGAAAACUUUUUUUUGAUGUGAGAAUUAGAGACAACUUUUCUGCCCAGGGUGCCUCGGUCUCCGAUCUUGGCAUUCUAACAUUUUCGCCAAGUUUUCCUAGUGUAAGCAUGAUCAAGUGCCCCCAAGAAGGAGGCUUUCUAUUUUCUAAAUAAUUUCUGAAGGAUAAAGUACCUUGUUUUUAUUUUA